AUGCCACCAAAAUCAAAAGCAAAAGCUCAAACUUCUGAUAAUAAUGACGAACAAGAUGAGUAUAUAUUUUUGUCGACAGUUAAAGCAUUAAUGGCGCAGCAGGAAAGCGCCUUUAAAUCCAUGAUUGAUUCUUUGUUUAAAACAACCACAGCAAGA